AUGGAGGGGAAAGCGGAUUUCGGAGCUAUUUUAUCGGAAAUGAAUCUGCAUCAGUCUCAGCAUCACGUAACUCACGCCAUGACUUCAUUUGUUGGAUCUGCCUCGUUCCAUUCGCCGCUGGAAGUGAAGCGAGCUUCCGCCUACUCCCAGGUUGACUUGCUGGAGUCAAAUCCAACGGCCUUGUCAGCGAGGACCCUGCGAGCUGCCACUCUCCACCAUCCCAGAAGAGCACAGACGAAGCGAGUGACGGUGUCGCCGUUCGCCACGAUUCGUCGGAUGGAUACGCUUUGGAUUCGGGACCCGAGCUUGAUCCAGAAGAGCGUCGGGACUGAUUGUUCACUAGAAAUCGGGCAUCACACGGACCUGAUUGACUGCCAAGAUCGUCAUCAGCAACUGCAACGCGAAAGCUCGGAUGACGAAUUAAUUUCUGCUACCCAAGUGGCAGGCCUGAUCCUGCUAGGCUGCGAAGUGGGCUUAUUCCACACCCCGUCGAGCUCCGAAGCAGCAGAAGCCAAGAUACGACGGUGA